UUUUAUUUUGUGUAUUUAGCCCAUUGGCAUGCAUCAUCCCAUUUUUUUGGGGGGGUCCUUGCAACACAAAUAUAAUCACCAGUAAUACAAAAUUAUAAUGAACCUGUGUUUUGUGGAAAAUUCUUACGGGUAUUUGGAGCUACUUAGUCACUUCCCACCCCAGAGAAUAGUUGAUAAAAAAAAAAGCUGUAGCUGUUUGUAGUGUGCGUGCGCGUGCGUGGCGCGCCCCGCUUGCUGCAAUGUGUGUGCGCAACAACCCCCACGGACUGACAUCAUCCGCGGUCCAAUACGAAAGUGGCCCACUACCGAGCCGUGGCCAAUCAAAGCCAACCAACAGGCCGCUGUCUGAAUGACGUCAUGCGCUAACAGCUGGCCGAGGAGAGAGGGAGCGGAGUGGGGGUAAAAAUGUAAAGCGGCAACAGCGAGCUGCACCGCGGCUCGAGCCCACGGCUACGAACAAUCGGAACCAUGUGGAGGGUGGACCGCUGCCCCGUGAGGAGGAUGCUGCUCUUCAUCGUUUACACGUUCGUCUGCGUUCCUGGGGAUUGCCUUUUUGUGACUGAAUACUUCACCCGAACGCCUCGUAAGCUCAGUGCUUACAACUCCUUCGCCAGUGUGGAACUGUUCCACUUCAAUGUGCCUGAUGACACCAUGAUGGCCGUAUGGAACCUCAUUAUCUUCAAGGAACAAGGCGGUACCUUUGGUGACAGCUGUCCCAAUCGCAAUGUGGCUGUGUACGUAAGGUCUGGUGCUCCCCCGGUAAUCAACCCCCUGAAAACUCACUUCCCUCGGGAUACAAUUGUCCCAGGAUCCUUUGCGGUGACUCUGACCUGGAUGCUCCCGAACCGAACCACGGGGGUGCUCAACGUGACCAGCCCGCUCCCUGGGGACUGGUUCCUGGCUGCGCAUUUACCCAAGGAUGAAGGCAAGAUCUCAGUCAAGGGUCUGUCUGAGGAGUGCCAGUAUCUGUUCCAGCCUCAGCUCAUUGUCCAGAGGCUCAUUGGGAUUGCGGUGCUCUAUCCGGGAUACUUCAUCGACCAGAUGAUCCCUGCUCACAACAGAUCUGCUCUUUAUAAAGUGUUUGCGCCAAAUUACAUAUCAAAGGUGAAAGUUCAGCUGCUGAACUGCGGUGUCAAGAACAAGAGCGGCAACACUUGCCCCGUGGUGUUGAAGAUAAGAGCGCGGGCGCCCCCCGUGCACAACUCGAGUGCCCUCGACUGCAGAGAGUGGAGCCCCUGCGAGCUGGACGCCUCGGUACCCACCUGGGAGCAAUGGUACUACAUCCAGGUGGAGCGAUACCUCACUAACGCCAACGUCUACUUCCGCAUCGGCGUGCAGGUUACAGACUGCAGCAAGUCCAACGCAUCCAAGGAGCAGUCCCCAGCCGGCUCCUCCAUGAACAUGCCGCAAUCGUUCGGGACGCCGAUGGCUUUCUCCUUGUCUGACGGCGUCUCCGCGGCGGUCCCGGGAGGGCCGUCGAACAACGCCACUCAGCUGCACACCUCAGGGGACAGCGUCGUUUACCUCGCUUCCCCCACCGACACCGACAAGUGCUGGCCCAUCCGUCCGACUCUUCGCAACGAGCUGGACACCUUCUCUGUGCACUUCUACGUAUUCUUUGGUCCAAAUAUAUCCAUUCCGCCUGACAGGGCGGCCGUGUUCGCCAUCAACCUCAUGCCCGUUUUAGACAGCGGGGGGGUUCUCAACAUGGAGCUGAAGCUCAACAUGUCGACGCUUAAAGACAAGAACGUCACCGUGUUUGGCUGCCUGACUCAUGGGAUGCCUCUCUUCCUCUGGCAAAACUCAUCAUUGAAAUGUGAAUCAGAAUCUGUAGCUGGGUUUUUCCUCUCCGUGAACACAUCCACGAAUAUCACCAAACUCAGGAUUCCAUACCCCCAGACGGGCACAUGGUACUUCAGUCUGCGCUCUCUAUGUGCCACAGAACAUGGUUUCGAGACGUGCGCCAACAUCACUGCAGAGGUGUACAUGCGCGCCUACCUGACGCCGUGCAUCAACGACUGCGGCACGUACGGACAGUGCAAGCUGCUGCGCACCAACAACUACCUUUAUGCUGCAUGUGAAUGCAAAGCAGGCUGGGAAGGCUGGGGAUGCACGGACAAUUCCGAGGCCUACUCGUACAGCUUCCAACUUCUCUCCACCCUGCUGCUGUGUCUCAGUAACCUCAUGUUCAUCCCGCCCGUGGUCAUCGCGGUACGCAACCACUACCUGCUCGAGGCCUCCGUCUACAUCUUCACCAUGUUCUUCUCCACCUUCUACCACGCAUGUGACCAGCCGGGCAUUGUGGUCUUUUGCAUAAUGGAGUAUGACGUUCUGCAGUUCUGCGAUUUCCUCGGCUCGCUCAUGUCAGUGUGGGUCACGGUCAUCGCCAUGGCCAGGCUGAAGUCCAUCAUCAAACAGGUGUUGUAUUUGCUGGGGGCCAUGUCCCUGUCCAUGGCUUUGCAGCUGGACCGUCACGGUCUGUGGAACCUGCUGGGACCCAGCUUGUUUGCUCUGGGCAUCAUGGCAGUGGCAUGGACGGUGCGCACCAUCCGGCGGCGGCGAUGUUACCCGCCCACCUGGAAGCGCUGGGUUUUCUUCCUCUUCCCGGGCACGGCCAUCGCCACAUCCGCCGUGGCCCUUUACGCCUUUGUGGAGACGGAGGAGAAUUACUUCUACAUCCACAGUAUCUGGCACAUGCUGAUCGCCAGCAGCGUGGGUUUCCUCUUGCCACCCCGCGCCAAACCCGACGCCAAGGUGACGCCGCUGAAACGUAGGCGAGGCUGCGGGUAUCAGCUGUGCGUCAACGAGCAUGAGGAACUAGGCCUGGUCGACCCAGCCAUCAUCUCCAUAAACAGCAUCUGCACCAGCUGAUAAACUCCUACACUUUCACCCUCCCCCUCUUCUACCUUAGUGACACUUCAUUGCCUUCUUUGACUUGGGACGUUCACACGGGAAAUAAGCCACAGAACUUGAAGAACAGCUGUAAAUACUUUUAUGCAGAUAAUGACCCGUUCUUUGAUUUGAUCAACUUGUCGUAGUUACAAUUGUUGUCCCCCGUGAAGCGAUGCAACGCCUCACGAUUUCGAUCAGUAGACUUUCUCAUCGGAAUUCUCCUCACCAACCAAUCUUGUUUAAACUCUUCAGGAUUAUUGUAUGUAUGGCUAAACCAGCCAGCCAGCCAGCCAACCAACCAACCAAGUCAAGUUAAGUCAAUUUUAUUUAUAUAGCGCCAAUUCACAUCAGAAGUUAUCUCAAGGCCAGAUCAAGAACCACACACCUCAUGUAUCUAUAUAUAAGACCACCAACUGAACCCUACAUUAGCAAGCACUUGGUGACAGCAACAAGGAAAAACACCCUCUAAACAGAACCCAGGCUUUGUGAUGCGACCGUCUCCCUCGGCCGGUUGGGUUGAGAUGGAGAGACAGCGUAGAGGGACAGACAGAAAGAGAAAACAGACUAGAGAGGUUGAGCGACGGGGGGAGGGAUGAGAGAACAAUGGGCACAACAACAGCCCUUUCACAACAGUAAUAGUCUUAUGACAGCUGGAUUAUUUUCCCCAGUCAAAGCAAGAACCUCAUUGCUUUUAACAUCCAUUCAACUAUUUUCUUAGCGCUUGUCCUUAUUAGGUUCGUGGGUAAACUGGAGCCUAUCCCAGAAGCGGGGUACACCCUAGACUGCUUGCCAGCCAAAUUCAGUACUUGUAACAUAGCUAAACAAAAGUAACAGUGGAAGCCGAUGUCAGACGUUGGAUCGGUGUUCUGUUUCAGCUUUCGACAGAGUUCAGCUAAUGUUUCAACUUGUAGGUCAAUCGUGCCAUGUUAAAGCCAUUGAUUUUAAUAGAAUACAUUUGAGGUCAAACAUCAAAUCAGUGCAAGUUGUUUUUCAGAUCUCGACAGGUCACAACUUAGGCCCACCGCGCACCGAGCAGCAUGACUGAAGUGGACCAUUUUGAAAAAAUUACACUUGGUGAUUUUGCCGCACACAAGGUUACUGAGCACCGCACAUCUCACGCUACAGUGGAAAAACUGCGACCCUAUAUCGGGUUUUGAGGCGCCACAUACAAUACACUGUAUUGUAUGUAUUGCUUUUACUGAACCUCAAAAACAUAGCGCAAUUGUCUCGGAAGAAGAUGCCAAACCCCGCACGCUGCGCGACAGUUCAGUCGCUCUCGCCCGCUUCAUUCGGUGUGCAACGGGCCUUACAAUGUCUGCUUCCAACUUGAAGGUUUACUGUACAAUGCCAAAGCCAGGAUCCCAUUGUUUUUAAUGGAUUUAGGACAGUUGGGCGAGGUAGCUGAAGGCUAAAGUCAAAUCAGUAUGUUAUUUUUCAGCACUCUGCAGGGCACAAGUAAUAUUUCAACUUCAACUAUUAUUGUACUGGGUCAAAGCAAGAACCCUAUCGAUGACUGACUUAGGCAGCUGAGGUCAAAAGAAAAAUUCAUACGUUAGACCCACUUUCCAAAGAGGUCGUCAAACUUCAGAUUGUUCUGUUAUCCUUUUGAUUCUGUCCCCUCGAUUGGCUGUCGACCAGUGCAGGGUGUAUCCCACCUCUUGCCCCAAAGCCAGCUGUGAUAAACUCCAGCUUACCCGUGACCUCAUGAGGACAAGUGCUAUAGAAAAUGGAUGGAUGGAUGUGGCAUGGCAGAAUGACUCCUAUCGAUUUUGACCCGGAUCGAAGAUGCUCGGGGGUGGUUUUCGCUCACUGCUCUUGAGCGAUCGCUUCGCGGGGGCUUCACACUGUCGUCUUUCACACUUUUGUAAGUUACCAUGGAGACAAGUGCAAGUAUUACUGCUGUAUGUAUAAUAUAAGUCAUUCUAAUGAAAUAUGAGUGUGUGCUGUACUAGUACACGCGCUUUUGUUUGUGAAUAUGCAUUCAAAGUCAAGGCUGCUAUCUGACGUUGACUGUACAACUGCUUCUGUUGGUUAUUUAUUGAAACGGGCUGGUUGCAUUUCAAUUGAAGGGUUUUCUAAGUGUGGGCUCCUUACAACCUUAAGUUUUCAAGACAAACUUCAAAAUAUCCCCAUAAGGGAGACGCAUAUUACAAGCCUUUAAGAAAUAUCAAGGUAAGAUAUUACACUCUGCGCCUGACAGAAUUUAUGAAUCUAUCUAUUUAAUCCUAUUAUUUAUCCACUUUAAACCGCUUAAAAAGGUAUCGCAAAGAAAUUACUGUAAUACAGAGAGACAAGACAGAGCAUUUUUUUAGCAUAUCACACUGGGGUCUAACACCAAAGGAAUUUAUUAAUCUAACUAGCACAUCUUAUUUUACCAGCAGUGCAAAAAUUAAGAGAUUUCAAGGUAGAGUAUUUUUUCAACAUAUCGCAGUGACACAUAAGUAAUUAAUCUACAUAUUACCAUCCCAUAUAACCAAUUGGAAAGAAAUUCAGACAUUUCAAGUCAAGAGCAUUUUUUUUUUACAUAACAGCAUGUGUCUGAAUUCACAAGAAUUCAUUAAUUUGUUAAAUCUAAUUUUAAUGACAGUUCAAAAACUAAUUUGAAAGACGAAGAAACUUCAAGGGAGAAUAUUUUUCGACAUGUCACAGUGACAUUUAAAUAUAUCUAUUAAAUUAGAUUUUAAAUGACAGUUUAAAAACUAAUUGGAAAGAAAUUAAGAAAUUGCAAGUUAGAAUAUAUUUCAACAUAUCACAGUGAAACCUGAAUAUUCUCAACUAGUGAAUCCAAAAGACAAUUCAAAAACUAAGUGAAAAGAGAUGAAGACAUUUCAAGUGAAAUUUUUUAACAUAUCACGAUGCGUCUGAAAUCACAAGAAUUCAAUAAUCCUUGUAAUAAAUCUCCUCUCAACAACAGUUUGAAAACUAAGUUAAGUAUGAUUAAGAAUGUUCAAGUCUGAGAGUUUUUAACAUGUCAGAGUGCUUCGGACGCCAAAAUGAUUCCACUAAAUUUCAUUUUAACAACAGUUUAAAAACUCGUUGCAAAGAAGUUUUAAGUCAAAGAAUUUUUGAACAAGCACUGGGUCAAACACUGAAAAUAGUUUUUCUGGAGCCUAUUUUCUGAGGUUUUCUGUUCUUUCCACGCUUUCUCCUCUCAUGACAAGAACAAAAAGCAAAAAAGUUAUCUUUACAGUUGAAAAAAAAAUCUUACUUUUCUCCUGCUGCUGCUGCACCUCACACUUUGAAAACCACUGCAAUUAAGUGAAGGGACUUUUAUGAUUUCUCAAGGGUACAGUUUUUUUUAGGAUUAUUUUAGAUUAUACGGUAUCUUUUGCACUGAGAAUAGUUGUCAUGUGGAAUGUUAGACUGUCUUUUGCAAUGGCAAAUGUACCGCUUUGAAAUGAAUGUGCUAAGUGUUCUCGAGGGGAACAAAUCCAAAGUGCAGCUGCCUGUCGGGAGGAGAGCGAGAGAGAGAGGUGGAUCAUUGCAGACCUCAAAUCAAGACCGGUCCUCCUUUUCUCUCCCCCGACAGGACCUGUGUGACACCACAUUCAUAAACAAUAAAUGUUUUCUUUCUUUG